GGUUCAGGUUUCAAAAUGACGGACAGCAGCAACGGUUCACUAGAUGUAGACAAUCCAUGCUUGUUGAUAUUCCAUCAGGCUCCGAUGAUGAAGAUGAAGUGGUUUGUAGACAGCCAAAUGAAAGAACCGUCAAUGGAGAAUAAUCCAGAUCAUUCUCAUGAUUAUUUGUCAAGCGGCGAAGAGAUUUUACCUGGAGAUGAAUAUUAUGCCAAUAAUAUACAAAAUGAAUGCUUCGAACUUCAAGAUGCUACGAAUGAAAUACAAAUGCUUUCAGAUACAGAAAGUGGAUCAAGUACAUUUGGAAUAUCUGAAUGCAGUUCCCAUGAAACCGAUUUUUCUGAAAAUGAAAUUCUAGCAAAUGAAAAUGUGGACGAGCUCUUAUAUGAAAAUUCGAAUAUCACUGUGUUAUCUUUCAGUCAUUUGCUGCUAUUGUUUUCUGUCAAACACAAUCUGUCUGGUGAAGCAACUAAAAAUUUGUUGAAGUUAUUUGCUACUGUAUUACCGGAAAACAAUAAAUGUCCUCUCACUAUGUCAAAGCUCAAAAAAAUAUCAAAGCAAUUUCAACAUAGAAAAACACAUUACCAAGUAUGUCAGCAUUGCCACAGCCAACUGGAUAAACAAUUGCAUUGUUUUAAUGAAGUAUGUAGGGAGAGUCAUCCAAUACAAGAUGCACUAUCCUUUUACAUCCUUGAUAUUGAAUCACAAUUGAGAAGUAUAGUUACAGGUAAGUUGAAUAAAUUUGAAACUUUAUUUUUAUUAGUGUCAGUGUGUUUAAAGUACAUACAUGAACGAAGUAAAACAAAGUUUUUAUAUAUUUUUUUUUUAUAUAUUUUUUAUUUUAUAUAUUUUAAUAUAUGUUUUAUUUAUAUUUAGAGAAUCAUUCACAUAUUGUUGACUACAAGAGUAAAAAAUCAUUUGGCAGAACAACGUAAAGUACAUGGAUGUCCUUUAGUUUUGUUGU